AUGAGGAUAUCAGUAAUACAUAUAUUUUACGUAUGGAUCUUGGUCACAUACACGGUGGCCCAGGAUUCUGAUGGAUGGGGCGAAUGGGGAGACUGGUCUGUUUGUUCAGCGGAAUGCAAUGUCGGUUUGUCCCAUAGGACUCGUACAUGCAUUGCGGCGACUUGCGCUGGGGAUGCCACUGAAGAAGUACAGUGCAAUUCACAACCAUGUCAAAUAGAUACCGACUCUCCGGACGUGGGGUGUUACGUGGAUACGACUGUGCGUGACCUUCGACACGCCGAACUCGUGGACAACGCCACUGCGAUGACACGUGAGGCGUGUAUCGACGCGUGCAGCGCUUCCGGUUUUUUCUAUGCGGCUGUUCAAAAAGGAAAAUUCUGCUUCUGUGGUAAUAGUUACGGUCGAUAUGGCAAAGCUUUAUCAGAUGAAGAAUGUAUGGCUAACCCUUGCACUAAAGAUGGAGCUCCUUUAUGCGGGGGAAAUCUCAGAAAUAGUAUAUUUUCAACAGAGAUACCAAUCCCUCCGAGGGUGGAAUGUCCUAAUGGUGGACUCCAAUACGGGGACGACUGCUUUAUAUUAUCAACAACAGCGAAGCCAUGGAUUGAUGCACAACGAGAUUGUGCAAACAUGGGAGGUUACUUGGCGAGAAUUAACGAUGCGGCCACUCAGGCUUUCAUAGAACUGACAAUUACACGUGAAAACAAACAUCAAAGUUACACAUUUGGUUUAAACGACAUAUCAUCGGAGGGACUGUACAGCUUUGCCGAUGGAGCAGAAACCCCGCUUGCAUUUGACAAUUUCAACGACGGGGAACCGAGUGAUACUGCCAAUUCAGUCAACUGCGCAGAACUGAAGGAAACAGCUAGCUACGAAUGGAAUGAUGUUGGCUGUGGCGGGGACAAGGCGUAUAUUUGUCAGACCCCGUUAGUCAGCGAUCAAGAUGUAACCUGUGGAGUACACUCAGAGGGCGUACUAUACAACUCCAAAUGCUAUAUUUUGGUAGAGAAUGAGCUCUCAUUUGACGACGCCGUUAGCGACUGUGCCAUGAGAAGAGGCAUGUUGGCUUCCAUUACUGACAAGGAAACCCAAAUGUUCCUGUACAAACAUAUUUUGAGAAGCACUUCUACGUUGGAUUGGUAUUUUGGUUUGAAUGACAAAUUCACAGAAGGCGUGUAUUUAUUCCGUGAUGGUACUGCAUUGAAUCGCAACGUAUUUAAUAGAUUUGCGUAUCAGAAGCCAGACGAAGAUACGGCUACUCAUGAUUGCAUAGUAUUAGAUGCGGGCGAAAAUUACUUAUGGGAUGACGCAUCAUGUAGUGUUCUUAGACCUUACAUAUGUGAAACAGAUACUUCACCACAAUCGAUAUGCUCACCCGAAUGGCACGAAUACAACGGGCAUUGCUAUUUACUAAACGAUAAAGGGACAAAUAACACGGAUUCAGUUAAGGCAUGUACGUACGAUGGCAAAGAACAUCUACUAAAACUGGAUAGUGUGGACGAAUUAAAUUUUAUUACGGCUACAUACCCUGUGACCCAUGUAUGGCUCGGUAUGCAAUAUUACCCAGAUGAAGAUGUCUAUAAAUGGUUUGAUGGCAGUGAUUUAGAUGCAACGUUAGAUAUUUGGGAUAUCGGUGAACCCGAUAAUGACGUCACUCAGAUCUGUACUUUCAUUCAUAAAACUACUGGCUUAGUACGCGAUCAAGCGUGCAGUACAAGUUAUAUCAAAACUGUUUGCGAAAUGAUUCCAUUGUAACCAAGAUCGACCGAAAUCCAGACCAAGACAGUAGUGUUAAACGUAACAGAAUUUACGAAAAAUGCCUCGGUGAAUUAAUUUGUUUUACUAUUGACUGUGCACGUGACAUUACCUAAUCUAUUUUCUUUUACGUGAUUUCGUGGAAAAUAUUUUUUGUUUCAUCAGCAAGUAGUAUUUUUUUUUCAAAACUGUGAACCUGGAAUAGGUGUCUGCUAUAAGACCACGUCUCUCUAGAUUGUGCCAUGAUCUGUAAUAAAUUACUACCU